UCAGAGCUCUCAUCCGGGUACUGCGCUAGGACGAGCUCAUUAGCUAAAGGUACCAAUAUGGCGGAGGCUUCUCUGGGAAGUUCAAGUCCAGUUGGCUCUUUAUCAUCAGAGGACCAUGACUUUGACCCAACUGCAGAGAUGUUAGUUCACGAGUAUGACGACGAGAGGACCCUGGAAGAGGAGGAGUCAUUAGACGGCGGGAGGAACUUCCGUUCUGAGCUUGCAGAUUUGGAAAGGGAAGGGAACAUGCCUUUGGAAGAACUUUUGGCCAUUUAUCGCUACGAGGCCUCAGCAGGCUCCAGUAUAGACAGCUCCUCUGGAGACCUGACUGAUGAGCUGCCUGACAUGACAUUGGAUAAGGAGGAAAUAGCGAAAGAUCUGUUAUCUGGGGAUUAUGAGGAGGAGACCCAGUCAUCAGCUGAUGACCUGACCCCAUCAGUUACUUCUCAUGAGACCACGGAUUUCUUUCCAAGAACACUUCGAUCCAAUACCAUCUCUGAUGGGGAUAAAGAGUCAGAGUGUGACGAUCUGGGGCCGAGCCCUGAUGACUCUGGAAAAGAAAUCAUGGUAGGAGCCGAGUACCAAGCAGAGGUGCCGUCUUGCCUCUGUCACUACAAAGAAGGAGAGAAAGCGUACGAAGACGACGACGAGUUACUGUGGAGCCCCGACGUUCUGUCAGAAAACAAGGUGCGGGGUUUUCUCUCGGAGGUUUUGUCGCGGACAACGGACGAAAGCACAGGAUACAACAAACCAGGGAUGCACGUACGAGACGACGAGCAGGCUUUGCACGAGCUUGUGAAAUGCAACUACAACACGCGGGAAGCACUAGACAGAUACUGCAGCCACGUGAAAUCCUCUAAAGGAAAAUCUCCUCCUUGGUCGGAGGAAGAAUGCAGGAGCUUUGAACACGCUCUGCAGAUGUAUGACAAGAACUUUCAUCUUAUUCAGAAACACAAAGUAACAACGCGGACAGUAGCAGAAUGCGUAGCGUUUUAUUACAUGUGGAAGAAGUCCGAGCGCUUCGACGUCUUCGUGCAGCAGAAUCGCUUCGGGAAGAAGAAGUACAGCAGCUAUCCUGGCGUAACCGACCUGAUGGACCGGCUGGUGGACGAAGCCGAAGGACUGGCGGUGGACAGCUCGUCCUCUGUGUGUUCGGGGCCGGGGGGAGGAGGAAGGAUGGAGAGCGCCACGGAGCAGCAGCUCAGUCUGCUCAACUCCAUCACCGCGAGCGACCUCACAGCUUUGAGCAACACCGUAGCCACAGUAUGCGCCCCCGGAGAGGUGAGUUGCCUGGACUCCUACAGCUUCCCCCCGCUGGAGAGCCUCCACCGCGGCUCCCUGAGCCACGACGAGCCCCUCGGGUUCCCCUCCAACGGCGCCGACCCCGACUGCCUCAACAUGCUGGACGCCGGCUUCUACCACUCGGAGUUGGGCCAGCUGGGAGGAGUGUGCGUCAACAAGGACUGCGAGCGGCCCUCCAAGAGACUCAAGAUGACGCUGCCCGACUCGUUCAUCAACGACGUUUCCGUGGCGAACCUCGGCGUGGACUUUGAAGCCCGACGGACGACGACGACGCAUCACCACAGAAUCACCGGGGCCAAGAUGGCCGUCUCCGUGACAGACUUUGGGAGUUUAGCCGGCAGCGGCGAGCCCAACGGGUUUCUGGGAGCGCACGCGCGGCACCACACACAACAUACUGCAGCACUUCAGUCAGAGUGAUCUUCCUCGUCCUCUUCCUCUGUUCUUCCCUUUUGAAACCUUUUUUUUUUUUUCUUGCUUGUACAUAAGACUGACCUCACUGGAAAAUCUGAUUUGUUUAAAUUCUAUUAUAUAUAUAUAUCUAUAUACAUAUCUAUAUAUAUGUAUAUGAAUAUACUUUUUGUUUUCGUUUGUGUGAUAUGACAUCAGUGAUGUCUACCAUAUAGAACUAAAAUCUUGAUUUCUCUCAAGAGUUUAUAUAGCCAUUUAUUUUAUUUUUUUGAGCUGUGUAACGUCCAUGUACCGCGGGGCCCAGGAGCUGCAGUUAGGAGGGUCGUGAACCUUCUUCCCUUCCCUAUUCACACGCAUCUUCAGCGCUGCAGUCUGUUAUCCUGCCAUUCUUUUCAGCUGCCAAAACAGAUUUGCUUUUCUGCCUCCAGUGUUAGCAGUUAGUUGCCUGUCUUUGAAAUUUGAUGUGGUACUUAUAUUUAAUUUUUUUUUUUUUUUUAUUAUUGUGUUUGGUUUACAGGUACUUAUCAGUAAUCAGAAUUGUGCUGAUGAUGUUUGGACCCCUCCCCACCCUCCCACUAGCAACACUAGCAUUAUGGAUUAGCUGAAAGGCCAGGGAGUUCUAGGACUUAAGCUGCAUGGCUCCCUCAGUUUGAGUUAAUUAUAUGGAGAGAUGCACCCAACAGGAUCUUGUCGCAGAUUUUUGUUUUUUCGUAAAGUUUGACCUUCCAAUUUUGUUUUUCUCCUAUUCUAAUUUCUCUUUGACUUAUAAGAUAUGAGAACAGAUAACCAGAAAAAAAGACUUCUUUUCAGUCAUAAGUGGUUAUUUUUAUUAGGAGCAGAUUCUAUGUUGGGGUCUGAGUUGGAGAGGAGUUACUGUAAAACAAGAUUUUUGUUAAAAAAAAAAAGCCCCACUUGAUGAAGGAGUUCCCUUGUCAGCAGUUAGUCAGACUAGCAUAGCUUACGUCUUUGUAUUCGAUAGAGAAGGUAGGUCUUUACCUUUUAACUCUUUGUUUUCAGAACGGCUGCCAGUGUUUCCAAAUCCAUCAUGCUCCAGCACAGACUGAGCCCAAAAGCAAAAAGCAGAGCAUCUUUGUAGACGUACGUCUUGCUCUCUCUCUCGCUCUCCUGCAGCCUUAAUGAAUCGCAGAUAUGUCCUAAAAUUCUUUGGUUUAUUCUAAAACACCCUCGCCGGCGCUGAAAACGAUUAGCUUAGAAUCUUCGCUCGGUUACAGCAUCAACUCCUGAAGAGUGUCUCUGUUGGCAUUAUGUGACGGCGCUUGCAUGUGAUGCAUCGAUUGAUUUCCUAAACCUGUAAAGAGGCAGUUUGUCGGUUGCAUCUCUUGUCUUUGGGUUCAUAUUGACUUAACUUAAAAGGUUCAGAUCUUUGCAGUGUCUUAAUUUAAUUUUUUUUUUUCCUCCCCAUUGUCAUACCUAAGUUCCUGGCCUUGAUUUGUUGUUUUAACCAUCAUGUCUCUAAACAGCCGGUUAAGAAAAGGUUUGCACUCUUGCAUAAUGGGAGCUGCUUUUUUUUUUUUUCUGUUUAUUUUUAUUAUUUUUUUUUAUAAAAAAAAAAUCCCUGUUGUGGAAUCUUCUUUGGAGCAAACUGUAACGGCAAUCUAGCAAUGCAAAGAUUUCGGUUGGUUUAAUGGCCAUGUAAACACUGACAGUAAAGUUCUGUAUUUAUUGAGUAUACUUUGACCUUUCUAAGACUUAAUUUAAUACUUUUGAGUUUGUUCAUGCUGCUCUCAGGCAGGUUUACCUGUACGUGUCCUCGUUGAAUAUGGUAGAAUUACGUUCCUCGAUCAAGUAGCGCUACGUUCUCCACCGCUGGGACAACCUGCGGGUGGUGUCGUGUUUAUUUAAAGCCUCUCUGAGUUGUGUGUGUAACCUCUGCUUAGCCUGUACUGACGAGAGAUGCCUUUUUUUUUUUUUUUUUUAGAACCUGAUUUGACGAUUUCGUGGUAUUCUAAGUAGCAGAAGCGGAGCAAUUUUUACUUGACUGAAUUCCAUAAUUGUAAAAAACAAAAAAAGAAGAAAAAAAACAGUCCAGCGGGGUCGGCGUCAGUGAAUUGGAUGCAGUAGUAGUGUUUACUUACUUUUAUCUAUGCAUCGUGCUAUGAGUGUUUAGUUUGUUUCAGGGGCACAUCAUGGCUGUCUUGACCCCCUCCCCCUUCCCCCGACACAUUGUGUACAAACCGGAUUCACGUCCACCGACCCAUCGCCGACUUCCAUCAUGUAAAUUUGGCCAGAAAGCCCAGCAUCAGAGAGGUUAUUCACAUUUCAUGUAAAUAAUUAGCAAACAGCCUUUAAGAAAGCCUAUUUACUGACCUCUUACACUUGUGAGUCUGUGUCGAUACAAAGGUUUUCAAUUUGAUUCUCUUGUCAGACGGGGCAAUAAUUUGUAGAUAUGUACAGACUUGUUUUUUUUUUUUUUUUUUUUUUUUCUUCCCCUUCUACGUUUAAACGUUUGACUUGUUCAAAUCUCACGUUUCUGUUCGGACAGUCACAACACCCCCAAAAAGCACCGGGCAAGCAGCUGAAACCAAGCAUGCCAGCUGCGCCCGCCUCUCAAGUGUACCGCGGUCAACGGCUUCACCCGAAGACGUGCCCCGCAUUACUCAAAUGUUGCGUUGUUUUGUUUUUUUUUUGUUUUUUUGCAGCCACGUGUUAAAGAUGCUUCUUUCCUAAACCUUUUUACGUGUCGUCGAUAUUCGUCUUGAUGGUAAAGGGACGGCUGCUGACGCGGAGAGCUCGUUUCUCUUUUUUUAAUGCAAUGUGCAUAAUGCAGUAGGUCCUCCAAGCUCUUCUAGCUUUAGCAGUGCAGUGAUAUUUAUUUCAGCUGUGGUUUGUACAAAGACUUAAAAACUGUCAGAAUGUAAAGGCCAUUAAGUAGUUUUGAGUAGGUUCUCACCUCCCUGUGAACUCGGAAAAUGUGAUAUUUUAUUCAUAUCUCUGGUAUGAGAAUUGUGUGUGCAGGAAAGCACUAAACAAAUUUAUUUUAUAUUUUGUAUUGUGUUUAGAAGUUUAAAGGUUAAACAGAAUAUAGCAGUCGUGGUUUUGAAAAUCAAAUUUCACUUCCUUUUAGAAAAUAAUAAAAAGAAAAAACACAACGUACAACGCCUUUGUGAAUAAAAAUAAAACCCUACAAAACCUAAAAAUGUAUAUCCAGAAAUAUAGACAAUCAAAAACUUCACUAUGAGAAAUGUUCAAGAAGCUAUCUUUAUUGUUUAUAAGAAUUGUACAUAAACAUUGCUGUUUUUUUUUUCUUUUGUUAAACAUUAUUUUGUAUUUUCUGUUGUACUUUAAUACCUUGUGUACAGAUCCAGAAAUAAAGCUCUGGAAAAGGUUCGGA